CUUUACUCUUUUUAUUUUAUAUAAUGUCAUUAACUUUGAAAGAAGAAAACUUUGUAGUCAUAGACAUUGGUUCAUAUAUUACAAAAGCUGGUAUUGGUACUCAAGAUACUAAUAAACCUCCAUCCACUUUUGUCAACAUGGCUGAUUACAACAAUCCGAUCAAAAACAACAAUAUUGUAUCUUGGGAAGAUUUAGAAGCCUCUUGGCAACAUAUAUUAUUCAAGGAACUUGGUAUUAAAAAAGCACGCAAUGAACAUCCAGUCUUAUUCACUGUACCUGUACAUUGGAAUAAAUUGGAACAUGAACGACUGACUCAAAUUGCUUUUGAAUAUCUGAAUGUACCUGGGCUUUAUAUUGCUCCUCAACCUCUUAUGGCUUUAUAUGGUUGUGGAUCUGUCACUGGUCUUGUUGUAGACAUUGGUCAUAACACUACAGAUAUCAAUGUAGUGGUAGAUAGUAUUUUACAACCAUCAUCGAACAUGACAAUCCACAUAGGUGGUAAUAUACUUAAUCAAUAUUUACUGCAAUUGUUACAAGGUGACAACAAUUUGGUACAACAAUGUGAACAAGCAGGUGUGAAAUUAGAUGAAGAGUUUGCAACAUUUAUUAGGGAAAAAUGUGAUAUUUGUUAUGUGGCGAUGGGACAUGAAUUACAAGAAACAGCCUCUACAACAGAUGAAUCCAACCUGGCUGGUGGUAUUGCUGCUGCUACUUCUGAAGAAAUUACUGACAAUGAGACUACUGUGGAGGAAGAAGAAGAUAAUAAAGAUAUUCCGGAAAAUGUAGAGAUUGAAUAUCAAGGACACAAGUUUACCAUUGGACCUUAUCGACAUAAAGUAUAUGAUCCAUUAUUCAAACCUGAUCUUAUGGGUAUAGAUACACUAUCAUUACGAAAUGCCAUGUUUUUAGCUGUCAAUAAUUGUGAACCACCUGAAAUUCGACCUAAACUUUGGGAAAAUAUUGUAUUGACAGGAGGUUGUGGACAAAUGCGCGGAUUACAAAAACGAGUGAAAGCUGAUCUUGGGCAUGUGUUAUCAAUAUCUGAAAAUGCUGGUGAUACUCAAACACGAUUAGUUGGCUUUUUACGAAUACCUGAUUAUUUUACUGUGCUUAAGAACAAGGAAUUCCAACAAUAUUCUACUUGGCUUGGUGCAGAAAUUGUGGCCAAGCUCGUAUUUACAGAUGCCAAGAAUUAUGUUAGCAAGGUGGAUUACAAUGAAUCUGGUCCCUCCGUUUGUCACACAAAAAGUUACUAGUUAUACAUAGUAUCAUUUUUUUUUUUGGAAAAUCACCAUUUCUUUUUAUUCUUAUGUUGUUUUGUAUGCAAUAAAAUAAAAAUGUUCAUAUC